AUGGGUACGGCAUUAUGUCGUUCGGCCGUGUCUCAGUUUGAAAUGUACUUCAAUGACUUGAAAAUGUACUUCGAUGACUUGAAAAUGUACUUCAAUGACUUGAAAAUGUACUUCGAUGACUUGAAAAUGUACUUCAAUGACUUGAAAAUGUACUUCGAUGACUUGAAAAUGUACUUCAAUGACUUGAAAAUGUACUUCAAUGACUUGAAAAUGUACUUCGAUGACUUGAAAAUGUACUUCGAUGACUUGAAAAUGUACUUCGAUGACUUGAAAAUGUACUUCAAUGACUUGAAAAUGUACUUCGAUGACUUGAAAAUGUACUUCAAUGACUUGAAAAUGUACUUCGAUGACUUGAAAACGUACUUCGAUGACUUGAAAAUGUACUUCGAUGACUUGAAAAUGUACUUCAAUGACUUGAAAAUGUACUUCGAUGACUUGAAAAUGUACUUCGAUGACUUGAAAAUGUACUUCAAUGACUUGAAAAUGUACUUCAAUGACUUGAAAAUGUACUUCAAUGACUUGAAAAUGUACUUCGAUGACUUGAAAAUGUACUUCAAUGACUUGAAAAUGUACUUCGAUGACUUGAAAAUGUACUUCGAUGACUUGAAAAUGUACUUCAAUGACUUGAAAAUGUACUUCGAUGACUUGAAAAUGUACUUCGAUGACUUGAAAAUGUACUUCGAUGACUUGAAAAUGUACUUCAAUGACUUGAAAAUGUACUUCAAUGACUUGAAAAUGUACUUCGAUGACUUGAAAAUGUACUUCGAUGACUUGAAAGUG